GGGGUCGACGACAGGAGGCAACGACCGGGAUUUAGACACGUCUGUGUGGAAGUGCUGACCGACUCGCUGCCCGGAGCCGCCGGUGCUGCCUGCCCGUCUGCCCGUGGCCUCCGCCGGGCUGCAUUUAUCUGGAGAUUAGGAGAAUCCUCCGUGUGGGACGCACAGAUUUGGGGAGCGGGGAGCGAUCCUCCCCAGCCCGGGUCGGACGAUGGCGGACGACGACAUUCUGUUUGAAGAUGUGUACGAGCUGUGCGAGGUCAUCGGCAAGGGGCCCUUCAGCGUGGUGAGGAGAUGCAUCAACCGGGAGACGGGGCAGCAGUUCGCUGUCAAGAUCGUGGACGUGGCCGAGUUCACCUCCAGCCCAGGACUCAGCACAGAGGAUCUGAAGAGGGAGGCGAGUAUCUGUCACAUGCUGAAACACCCCCACAUCGUGGAGCUGCUGGAGACGUACAGCUCCGAUGGGAUGCUCUACAUGGUGUUUGAGUAUAUGGACGGAGCCGACCUGUGCUUUGAGAUCGUGAAGCGAGCCGACGCUGGGUUCGUGUACAGUGAAGCCGUGGCCAGUCACUACAUGAGACAGAUCCUGGAGGCGCUGCGCUACUGCCACGACAACAACGUCAUCCACCGAGACGUCAAGCCUCACUGUGUGCUGCUGGCGUCCAAAGAGAACUCGGCUCCGGUGAAGCUCGGUGGGUUCGGAGUCGCCAUCCAGCUGGGAGAGUCGGGGCUGGUGGCCGGAGGUCGGGUGGGCACGCCUCACUUCAUGGCCCCCGAGGUGGUGAAGAGGGAGCCGUACGGGAAGCCGGUGGACGUGUGGGGCUGUGGAGUCAUCCUCUUCAUCCUCCUGUCCGGCUGCCUGCCCUUCUACGGCACCAAGGAGCGGCUGUUCGAAGCCAUUUGUCGAGGCAAACACAAGAUGAAUCCUCGUCAGUGGCUCCAGAUCUCAGAGAGCGCCAAGGAUCUGGUGAGACGCAUGCUGAUGCUGGACCCUGCCGAGAGGAUCACGGUCUACGAGGCCCUGAACCACCCCUGGCUCAAGGAGCGGGACCGGUACGCCUACAAAAUCCACAUGAUAGAAACCGUGGAGCAGCUGAGGAAGUUCAAUGCCCGCAGGAAGCUAAAGGGGGCGGUGCUCGCCGCUGUGUCCAGUCACAAGUUUAACUCCUUCUAUGGAGACCCCCCAGAGGAACUGCAUGAUUUCUCCAGUGACCCCACCUCCUCAGGGGCUGUGUCUCAGGUGCUGGACAGUUUAGAGGAGAUCCACGGUCUGACCGACUGCAGUGAAAAGGAUCUGGAUUUCCUCCACAGUGUUUUUCAGGACCAGCAUCUCCACACUCUGCUCGAUCUCUACGACAAAAUCAACACCAGGUCGUCUCCGCAGAUCAGGAACCCUGCGAGUGACGGGGUGCAGAGAGCCAAAGAGGUCCUGGAGGAAAUCUCCUGCUACUCAGAGAACCACGAAGCUAAAGAGCUCAGACGGAUACUGACGCAGCCGCACUUCAUGGCGCUGCUGCAGGCCCACGACGUGGUGGCCCACGAGGUGUACAGUGACGACGCUCUGAGGGUGACCCCCCCGCCCACCUCGCCCUACCUGAACGGAGAGUCGCCCGAGAGCACCAACGGAGACAUGGACCUGGAGAACGUCACCCGAGUCCGUCUGGUGCAGUUCCAGAAGAACACGGACGAGCCAAUGGGAAUCACGCUGAAGAUGAACGACUCCAACCACUGCAUCGUGGCCAGGAUCAUGCACGGGGGGAUGAUCCACAGACAAGGAACGCUGCACAUAGGAGACGAGAUCAGAGAGAUCAACAGCAUCAGUGUGGCCAACCAGACUGUGGAGCAGCUGCAGAGGAUGCUGAGGGAGAUGCGAGGCAGCAUCACCUUUAAGAUUGUGCCAAGUUACCGGACGCAGGGAUCCUCGUGUGAGAAAGAGUCCCCCACCACCUCCAGGCUGUCCCCUGCCAAUGGCCACUCCAGCGUUAACAGUUCUAUCUUGGACCUGCCGUCCACCAUCCAGCCCAAAGGUCGACAGAUCUACGUCAGGGCCCAGUUCGAGUACGACCCCUCCAAAGACGAGCUCAUCCCCUGUAAGGAGGCCGGCAUCCGCUUCCAGGUGGAGGACGUCCUCCAGAUCAUCUCCAAGGACGACCACAACUGGUGGCAGGGCAAACUGGAGAACAUGAAGAACAGCACGGCCGGACUCAUCCCCUCCCCGGAGCUGCAGGAGUGGCGAGUGGCGUGCAUUGCCAUGGAGAAGACCAAGCAGGAGCAGCAGGCCAGUUGUACCUGGUUCGGCAAAAAGAAGAAACAGUACAAAGACAAGUAUUUGGCAAAGCACAACGCAGUGUUCGAUCAACUAGACCUGGUCACGUACGAGGAGGUGGUGAAGCUCCCGGCCUUCAAGAGGAAAACACUCGUCCUGCUCGGGGCGCAUGGCGUCGGCAGGAGACACAUCAAGAACACGCUCAUCACCAAACACCCCGACCGGUUCGCCUACCCCAUCCCACACACGACCCGACCUCCCAAGAAGGACGAGGACGACGAGAACUACUUCUUCGUGUCCCACGACCAGAUGAUGCAGGACAUCAGCAACAACGAGUACCUGGAGUACGGCAGCCACGAGGACGCCAUGUACGGGACGCGGCUGGAGACCAUCCGGAAGAUCCACCAGCAGGGACACGUAGCCAUCCUGGACGUGGAGCCUCAGGCCCUGAAGGUCCUGCGAACAGCAGAGUUCGCCCCGUACGUCGUCUUCAUCGCUGCACCAACAAUCACACCAGGAAUCAAUGAGGACGAGUCUCUGCAGCGGCUCCAGAAGGAGUCUGAGAUCCUGCAGAAGACGUACGCUCAUUACUUCGACCAGACCAUCAUCAACAACGAGAUCGAUGAGACCAUCGGGCACCUGGAGGACGCCAUCGACCUGGUGUGCACCACCAGCCAGUGGGUCCCUGUGUCCUGGGUCUACUGAGCUCCUCCUCCUCCUCCUCCUCCUCCUCCUCCUCAUGCAUCUCCCUGCAGCAGCAUCACGGAAACACUCCCAUCAUCUCCUCUUCCAGCUCAGAAUAACGUCAGACUAAUCAAAGCGAUGGGAAACUUUCCUCCACACUGCACUCGAUCGGUGAAGCACCCUCAGCGUGAUUGUGAAGUGACCGGUCGCUCAGCGGAGCCGCGUCACCGUGUUGUACAAACCAGAACUCAAGUGAAUAUUGUCGUGUCUGUUCUAGCUAGGAGGCGACAUUUCUGUAGAGGUUUGUUUUAAAGAGACAGUACCGUGUGCAGUCAUCAGCUUCCCCCCCCCUCCCCCCC